AUGACCGGGAAGGAGGGAUCUGUGCUUUCAGACACCGAGAACAAACAGAGAACAGCCUCUCAGACCUGCAGCGUGAAUCACGGGGGAUCCCAGCAGCCGCUCCCGGUGUGGAAGAUGGCCCCCGCGGUGCACCGGCGCACCGGCUUCGGGAUCCAGGAGCUGCUCGGCCUCAACAAGGAGCCGCCGACGGCGCCGCGGCGGCCGCUGGAGGCCCUGCCGCACAGGGCGCACCUGCAGGCGGCAAGGUCGGCCCUCGGUCACGGUGGGCUCGGGGUCGGGAUGGGUUUGCUGGGACCGGAGGGAAUACACUCGUUUUACAGUCAGCCUGCUUUUCUGGAGGUGCUGUCAGAGGCGCAGAACGUGCACCUGCAGCCGCUGCACAGGGCCGCGCACAUGGAGGCGCAGAUGGAUGCGCACCACUCCAGCUCCGAUUCGGAUGAUAUGAGUCUUUCCUCCGGGGAUCAGAAAUUCUCUAAAUCCUCCACGAGUCAGAGCAAGAAGAGAAAGAAACGACGACACAGAACCAUUUUCACCUCCUAUCAGCUGGAGGAGCUGGAAAAAGCUUUUAAUGAGGCUCACUAUCCGGACGUGUACGCCCGAGAGAUGCUCUCCAUGAAGACCGAGCUGCCAGAGGACAGAAUACAGGUGUGGUUCCAGAACCGCAGGGCCAAGUGGAGGAAGAGGGAGAAGUGCUGGGGUCGCAGCAGCGUGAUGGCCGAGUACGGUCUGUACGGAGCCAUGGUGCGUCACUCCAUCCCGCUGCCCGAGUCCAUCCUCAAGUCGGCCAAGGACGGCAUCACAGAGUCCUACGCCCCCUGGUUACUCGGUAUGCACAAGAAGUCAGUCGAUACUCCGCACUCUUCCCCGGGGAAACCCUGCAGCACGUCCCCCCACGCUCCCAUGCAGGAGAAGCCGGUGGACACGGUGAUGGAGGCCGAGGAGGAGAAACGGAUGGAGGACACAGGCUCUCCGAUCUCCAGAGAGGAGCUGAGGGAGAACAGCAUUGCGGCGCUGCGAGCCAAGGCGCAGCAGCACAGCGCCCAGAUGCUCGGCACCGCUUCGAACAGGACGAACGGCCACGUGACGCACAAAGAGGAGGCCGACGAUGAGGCGGCGGAGCAGCAAACGGUAGAGGAGGAGAAGAGGAACUGAAAGACAUGGCUGCAGGGCACAGACUGAGAGAGAAACGCCUGCAGAGAGGAGUUUUCUUGCGUGGU